AGGUUGCAGAGCAGCUGAAGUGUUGACUGUGGUUCACCGGGCAGCAAACAGCAAGCGGACCCGCCGGGGACAUCAAUGGUGGAGUACGCAUCCAUUCAGGGAACGGUCUGAGAGAGACCAUUACUGGGGCUUACAUGGAGAGCUGAAAGUGAAUAUGAGGUUAACGUCCUUAAUGAUGUACAUAUCUCCGGCUCUCAUAGUUAUUUUCUAUGUAUAUAUUGGAUUUUCUGAAGCUGCACCUAGCAUCAGCCCUUACGAUGCGUCAAUCUCCAGGAAGCCCGGAUCAGCCUCCGACACCUGGGAGACCUUCCACACCGACAUGCCUCCUUCUUUAGCCGAGAGCAGGUUCGCUCCCGGCUCUCGGAACGGACCCACGCCGGUGCCUGCCAUUGUUUCUGCCGGCCCGGCCGCCACGAUCAGCCCCGUCUCUAAAAUUGCGACCACCUUCCAGCCUCCUACAACGGACCCGGCCACCACCACCACCACCACAGCUACCGCCACCGAUACUGGAAUAACUUCAGCCAAUAAAGAGCAAAUAACAGCGCCGAUCUUUAGAUUGAGCGGUGCACGCAAAAGAUCCACCGAUGUACAAACAUCACUUUUCGCUCCAGAGAAAAUGCUGCAGACCAUGGUGUCCAUGGUUUCCCAGCGCACUGCAAACGAUGCCUGGGCUGCAGAUAAUACUGGCUCCUCCGUUACUUCAAUAGAGAAUAGUCAAGAGGGCCAUUGUAACUGCAGCAGUGGUGCGGAGGGGAUUUUGGAUGCGUACGAGUGUGACCCGGACACCGGUCAGUGUUUGUGUCUGUCGGGAUACACUGGACUACAGUGUGAGGACUGCAAGGAGGGCUACUUCACCAAUGGCACCAGCGGCUGCCUGUCCUGCACCUGCGACUCCUUUGGUGCAAUCAACCACCUCUGUGACAGCUCAGGAAUAUGUGUGUGCAAGACAGGAGUGUACGGACCCAAGUGUGAUGAGUGUCACCCGGGUUUCUUCCACUUCAGCAGCACUGGCUGCCGACCCUGCCAGUGUCACAACCACACCACCCUUUGCCACCCACAGUCCGGAGUGUGUUUGAACUGUGGGGCCAAUACCCAGGGAAUCAACUGUGAGGAGUGUAAGCCUGCUUUCUACCGCAGCCCUGGAGCCGCCCUGACAGAAGCCUGUGCACCGUGUCCCUGCUCCAACUCCACCUCCACUGGCACAUGUCACACUGCUCCACGGAACAUUCCCACACCAGCAGGUACAACCACAACAGAGUCCCGCACAUCGAGUACAUCCUUCCCCUCCACAUCUACAACCAGCACCACCUUGAUCUCCCCCACAGCUAGAGGUGUCCCAGCCUCCAGGUUCGAAAGCAACACGAGCACUGCACUGAGCACCGCUGCCACCACCCAGGCUCUGCUGACCAGCCUGAGCAGCCCCACUGACAACACCACAGCAGCCCUGACUGAGGUCUCCUGGACACAGUUCAACAUCAUCAUCCUAGCUGUCAUCAUCCUGGUAGUGGUGCUGCUGCUGGGCUUUGUUGGAGGCGUGUACACAUACAGAGAGUACCAGAACCGCAAGCUCAAUGCCCCUUUCUGGACCAUAGAACUGAAAGAGGACAACAUCAGCUUCAGCAGCUACCACGACAGCAUCCCCAACGCUGAUGUGUCGGGACUGCUGGAGGAUGAAGCCAACGAGGUUGCACCCAACGGCCAGCUGGCACUCACCACACAGGGCAAUUGCUACAAGGCUUAGCACUCCACCCAUCCCCAAGCUGGACACCUAGAUUUACAGACCACUAAAGCUGCUGGAAAGCACCAAAUCCAAAGCUCCUUCAUUUAUGACUGCUUGUUACGUGCUCGGCUACGAGAUUUCACAACACUUGUCGAACUGACUGUGCAAAAGCAGAUGUGAUCAAAGAUAUGAAACAUUUUCCUUUUUGAUAUGGUUUAGUGUGGAAUGGGGCGAUCAGUGAAGAGGAUCCAAAGAAAAAAAAAAGGUUUGUUUGAGUUUGGCCUGCAGGCAGCACUAAUGUGCAGAUUAGUUAGGUAAUUGGCAUCUUAUGAGACAGGUGCAAAGCACCUGUUUGCUGAAACGAUGAUCCUGACACCAGUGAGAAAACUUACAGGAGGCUAGCAUUUCACAUAUUUUUGAAAUGGACUUUUGACUGAUUAAGUUAUAACUGGAUCACUUGGAACAGUGGUCUUCAAUUGAGACAAUGAUUGUUAUUUAAUGAAUUUUUAUUCUGUUCUUAUUUAUUGUUUGACGUUUCAUUCUUGGGAAAAAUGCUGCACUUGUAUGAUGUGUUUAUUCAUGGUGUUUUAUCUUAUGUGCUGUUGAAUGGUGAUUUGAACUGGCCAGUAUGUUCACAUGUAUAGUUUAUGUGUUUUGGAGCGAAUCUUAGGGGAAGAUGAAGGCUGCUGGCACAAGCAAUUUAAAAACUUCACCUUAUGUUCAUAGCUUCCUUUAUGUUAGUGUGCCAGCUCACCUGAAGUAUCUAAGAGGAGUGUUUCUUUUGAAGAUACUACACCCACCGGAUAUAUACUCUCAUAUUUAGCACUACUGCAGGGCUUGCGUAAACUUACUCUUAAUCAUAUGUGUGUGUGUGCGCACACGUGUGUGAGAGAGAGUAGAGGUUGGGCUCUGUGACUCAUUCUCUGAUCACUAAAACAUAAACAGUAUUCUAGUGUUUAUACGGAGGUUGAGAGGUGUAACCAGCCUGCACAUUGUAAAAAAUCCUCAGCCAACUCUGUGUCAUUAUUAUCACGUACAUUUUACAUCAGUUGGAACAGUUCUUGUUCUUGUAAAAUCACUGCAUCUUAAAGCAUCUCACUUGAUCCUGGACGUGGAUCUUGUGUUCUCUGUGUUGUUUUAGUUACCAUUGGUCGGGUGCGCUUCUUUUUAACAUGGUGAAUGAGUAAAUCUAAUUAUGGAACUAACUCCUCAGGUACUGGCUCUUUCCCUAAUGUGAUCACUGUAAAUAUGAUAACUGUACAGAUGAAUGUGAAUAGUAGCACUAUUAAUGUACAGGUAGUAUACUGUGUGUACACUGUCACUCAACAAGCUCCCAACCUUUCACUCUCAAGGGUGCGAUGCUCCUGUCAGCCCGCAGCUUUUUGUAUUUUCAUUUCUUAUUGUCAGUGGACUUUGCCAUACACGCAACCACAGGACUUAAAAGCACCACCCUGAACAUGGAACAAAGAAUGAAAUGAUGUAAAUAUUACCCCAGCGUCAGAGCGUCAUCUCUCAAAUAAAAAUGGGUUUAACUGUC